CAGGUGAGUGAGACAACAGUCCAGCAGCAGACUCAAUUCAUAUCUUUUACAGACAUCAUGAAUUCCAACCUGUCUUUUUGUUGCCUGCUAAUCCUCCUGUGUACUGUGAUGAAUGAGGCUGCCAAUAGAAAGCCAAAAAGACAGGCAACACCUGACCCCACCGCGGCACCUAAGGCUGAUGCAGAAUCUACUGAACCCCCUGUCACUCAACCCAAAACUCUCGACAGAGGCUGGGGUAGUAGCAUUGAGUGGGUUCAGACCUAUGAAGAAGCAUUGGCCGCAUCCAGGGAAACAAAGAAGCCUCUUAUGGUGAUUCAUCACUUGGAAGACUGUCCCUUUAGCCAAGACCUGAAAAAAGCGUUUGUUGCUGAUCCCCUGGCUCAGAAACUGGCUCAGGAAAACUUUGUUAUGUUAAAUGUAGUGCACCCUGUCGCUGAUGAGAACCAGUCUCCAGAUGGGCACUAUGUACCCAGAGUCAUAUUUGUGGAUCCAUCAAUGACUGUGAGAACAGACCUUGCAGGAAGAUACUCAAACAGACUGUAUGCCUAUGAAGCUGGAGACAUCCCAGAAUUGGUUACAAACAUGAAGAAAGCUAAAACUCUUCUGCACACUGAGUUGUGAGAGGCCAGAAGAGCGAGUCUUCCAGUGCUCCAAUGGUGACCAGGAAAGCACCG